AAAAGUGGACAGCCGGAUCCGAUCGUGAUCGACACCGACAGUCGACUGGCAAUGAAUAUCAACUUUGGCCCUCGUAUUGGCAUGGACAUAAGUCAUUAUAAAUGGGAGAGAGAAGGUCCAAACGUCGCCAGUGUUCAGGAACCGUCGUACUCUUCGGGAAACGUGAACUGGGGAGUCGGAUGGGGAAAAGGAAUCAUUUUUGGAAUACCCGUUGGAGCACGAGUGAUAGAAGUGUAA